UUUAUUGUUGAUUUCAAUUGAAAUGUUUGACUGAUUUAUAAUUGAAUUGAUUUUUGAAUGUAAAGUCGUUUAUACCGUAUAUUCAAUAAUAAUAAUAAUAAUAAUAUAAUCUAUAGUUUUGUAAACAAUUUUCUGGAUAUAAAUAUAAACAAACAUUAAGUUUGUGUCAAAUGUUAAGUAUAUUAUUGACAACAUUAUAGAGCUAUCAUUGAAAGUAUUGACAUAACUAAUCAGUAAUUAUGGAUUUGGAUGUAAUGGUCAAUCAGCCGGUGGUGAUCGACAACGGGUCGGGUGUAAUUAAAGCCGGUUUCGCCGGCGAUCAGAUCCCGAAAUGUAUUUUCUCUAAUCUGGUCGGACGUCCUAAACACGUGCGUGUGAUGGCCGGUGCUCUUGAAGGCGACACUUUCAUUGGUCGUCGCGCUGAAGAACACAGAGGUUUACUUACAUUAAGAUAUCCGAUGGAGAAGGGAAUUGUCACGGAUUGGAAUGAAAUGGAGAAGAUUUGGCAAUAUAUCUACUCUAAGGAACAGUUACAGACAUUCCCUGAAGAACAUCCCGUUUUGCUAACAGAGGCGCCAUUAAAUCCGCGACGAAAUCGUGAAAAAGCGGCUGAAAUAUUCUUCGAGACAUUCAAUGUUCCGGCGCUCUUCAUCUCAAUGCAAGCAGUGCUUAGUCUGUAUGCAACCGGUCGGACAACUGGUGUUGUUCUCGACUCGGGUGACGGUGUGACACAUGCCGUACCAAUUUAUGAAGGUUUUGCUCUCCCGUUGUCUAUAGUCCGGUCAGAUAUUGCCGGCAGAGAUGUGACCCGUUAUUUGAAACUUUUAUUACGAAAAGAAGGCCUAAUAUUUAAUACGACGGCAGAGUUUGAAGUCGUAAAAAGUAUUAAAGAAAAAAUAUGUUACUUCACAGCAAACCCUCAGCGAGCACUUGAUGACCACUCGUCAAGUGGUGGCGGAGACAUUGAAAAGACAUCUUAUGUAUUACCCGAUGGCAGCAAUGUUGAUAUAAGUGCCGGUCCACGGAUGAGAGCACCAGAAAUACUGUUUCGACCCGAUCUUAUCGGUUACGAGUUUGAAGGCGUUCACGAAGUUUUGGUUUAUAGUAUACAGAAAUCCGAUUUAGAUCUCAGAAAAGUGUUUUAUCAAAAUAUUGUGUUAAGCGGUGGAAGUACUUUAUUCAAAGGUUUCGGUGAUCGUCUGCUCAAUGAAGUGAGAAAAAUGGCCCCAAAAGACCUUAAGAUACGAAUUAGUGCGCCUCAGGAACGGCUAUACUCGACAUGGAUUGGCGGCUCAAUCCUCGCCAGUCUCGACACUUUCAAACGCAUGUGGGUCUCACGUAAAGAGUUUGAUGAAGAGGGACAAAGAGCUGUCCAUCGGAAAACAUUUUGAGAUUUGUUUUUAGUAAUGAGUCUAUUAUUAAUUUUAUUAAAUUAAUAUUU